AUGGCCGCCGCCGUCCCCGCCAAGCUGCCCAUCCUGUCGGCGAAGCUGCUCAGCAGUCGCGCUUUCAACGUGCCCGGCAAGCUGAUCCAGACCGAGCUCUGGUUCGAGGUGCCCCUCGACUACGCCAAGCCGGCCAACGGCACCAUCAAGCUCUUUGGCCGCCUCGCCACCAGACGCGAGUCGCCGCUCGUCGCGCCCGAUCAGCCGCCCACGCCGAAGCCGUACAUCGUCUACCUCCAGGGCGGGCCCGGCUUCGGCUGCUCGCCGCCCAACUCGGCGCCCAUGACGGAGCACCUCAUCAACCGCGGCUACCAGGUGCUAUACCUCGACCACCGCGGCGUCGGCCUGAGCACGCCCGUCUCGCUCGACAUGCUGCGCAAGGUGGCGCCAGACGCUGAGGGGCAGGCUGGCUAUCUCCGGCUGAUGCGCCAGGACAACACGGUCCGCGAUCUCGAGGCCGUCCGCCUGUGCCUGACUGCGGGCCUCGAAGGCGAAAAGGCCAAGUGGUCUAUUAUUGGACAGUCCUACGGCGGCUUCGUCAGCCUGUCAUACCUCUCCAUGCACCCUGAGGGUCUGCGGGAGGCCUACCUUACUGGUGGCCUGGCCCCGGUUGGCCGCUCCAUCGACGAGAUUUACAAGACGACGUUUGCGCACACAGCCGCGCGUAACAAGGCAUACUAUGAAAAAUUCCCCGAGGAUGUGGAGCGUGUCAAGAAGAUUGCAGCCCACAUCGAGAGUAAGGGUGGUGUUGCGCUACCUGGUGGCGGUACUUUGACCGUGGCUCGCCUCAUGACCAUCGGCAUCUCAUUCGGUGUGCACGAUGGCUUCGACUCUGUCCACAAUGCUAUUCUGGCUCUGGAUGCCUCUCUGGAGAGCUUUGGCUUCUUCUCGCGCUCCUCGUUGACUACCAUUGAGAACUGGAGCGGCUUUGACAACAACAUCAUCUACGCCAUCCUUCACGAGGCCAUCUACUGCGACGGCCCCGGCUCUGCGUCCAACUGGUCCGCUCAGCGCGUCGGUGAGUCGGCUGAGAGCUUCUCGUGGCUUCGUCCUGGCGCCAAGGUCGCCCAUAGCGCCGAGCCUCUCUUCUUCUCCGGUGAGAUGAUCUUCCGCGACCACUUUGAGACGUACUCGGAGCUGGCGCCGCUGCGCGAGGCCGCCGAGAAGCUGGCGAGCGCCGACGACUGGCCCGCGCUUUACGACCAGGACCAACUGCGCAAGAAUGAGGUGCCCCUGUACGCCGUUUCAUACGUUGACGACAUGUUUGUCGACUAUGGCUAUGCUACUGCUACGGCCCAUCUGGUCAAGGGCGCCAAGUUCUUUGCCACCAACGCUCUGUAUCAUAACGGUAUCCGGGCAGGUGCUGAAGAGGUGUUCAAGCAGCUGUUUAGCCUGCGUGAUGACACCAUUGAUUGA